CAUGCUUCACUUAUCCUGCAGACUCUUCAGUGGUAAGUUCCUGUACAUGAGGAGUAUUGGAGAGGAAACAGUUGUCGAAGAUGCCGCCCAGCAAAGCAUCCCGGAGGUCAGCUGCUGCGAAGAAGAGGAUGGCAGACAGGGCUGUGGCUAAGACUGACGGGGUUACUUCUUCAUCCCCUGACAAAAAAGAUCUGACUGACUCUGUUCCUGCAAGCCACAGCCCACCUGUGGGCCAAGCAGCAGCUGACACUUCUUUACCUCUGACUGACGGGGUUACGUCUUCAUCCCCUGACAAAAAAGACCUGACUGACGGGGUUACGCUUUUUCCCCAUUAUGAAAAACGCUCUAACACUGACCCAAAAGCCAAUCUCUCAAGCAAUGUCACAAGCAAUGUCACAAGCAAUGUCACAAGCAAUGUCACAAGCAAUGUCACAAGCAAUGUCUCAAGCAAUGUCUCAAGCAAUGUCUCAAGCAAUGUCACAAGCAAUGUCUCAAGCAAUGUCUCAAGCAAUGUCUCAAGCAAUGUCUCAAGCAAUGUCUCAGUCAACCUCUCUGCAAAACUCUCUGCAGCUCUCUCUACCAAUCUCUCUGCCACUCAAAAUUGUAUGUCUUCACAUGUUUGUGCUGUUUAUCCUCAGGCCCAGAGACUGACUGGUUCUUUUCAUCAAGCACACUCACGGUUUGGCAUUAACAGUAAUAAACAGUGUGUUGCUAACAGUGUAACUGCAGUUAUGACUAGUAGAAUAAAGAAUGUGCUGACAUGGACAACACAAGACCUGGAUGCAGUCCUGCUUGAUGGAGAUCAGUUCUACACUCACAUUAGAGAUGCUGGCAGGAUUCAUGAUGCUUCAGGAUACCUCUUUGUACAAGAUUUGCCUACAGAAUAUGCACUACAUGGUCAUAGGUUUGAACUGAAUUUCAGUGAUGAAAUGUUUACAGGACUGUUUGGUGUUACUGAAUAUGGAGAUAUGCAGAAUGUGUACAUGUCACAUGAUGAAGCCAUUGUAAGAGUGCUAUCUCAGUUUGAUGCUUGUCUGUUUACUGUGAAAGUCAAUACAUGUGCUAUCAUCAAACAGGACUCGUGGUACGUCAUUAUUGACUCGCAUGCGAGAAACACACACGGUGCAGUAGAUGGUUCAGGUAAAAGCUUACUAGCUUAUUAUGCUAACUUGGAGUCACUUCUCAACCACGUCACAAUCCUGGGUCUGUCAUUGCAAGCAGAAGGUGAGCCGUUUGAAGUAACUGGUGUUGUAGUGGUUUCAAAUUACAUGGGGCAGCAGACUUCUGAAGCACACACGCAGGUAACUGAGGGUGUAAAUGUGAGGAAUGAACUGAAAGAUGCUGCAGAUAAAAUGAACACUGUGAAAGACAGGGUAAGCAACAGGCUGCUCUAUAGUGAAGCUGUAAAAGCUAAACAUGUGUGCAAAAUUCAACGUCUGAAAGCAAAUAGUGAACCGCAGGUUACAGCAGAAAGGAAAGCUAAACAUGUGACAAGUUCAGCCAAUCAGGUUCUCACAAGUGACUCUGAUGUCAUGUUUAUGAGCGAGACUCCAAGCGAAAGCUUUCAGUAUGGUCCAAUAACAGUUCAGCAACAAAAAAACCUGUGUCUGAAACUCAAUGUUGUGUACAGUGAAUCCCCACAGAAACAACAGAGUGAACUGGUUUCAGUAGGAGAACCCUGUGAAACGCAGAGGAUAACAGACAGCUCAUUUGCUCAGGUUGUGAAAAACAAAAACAUAGAGAGAAGACACACAAAUAAAAACAAAAGAAAAGACAUUGAGUAUGUAAUUGAACAGUUCAAAAACAAAAUAAGCACAGGUCCAGAAUACGUGUGUGCGGUUUGUCACAGAGCUCUGUUCAAACACCAAGUCAUACGAUGUCGAAAACAUGAAUAUUUGAAAAAAGAUCCAGCAGUUGCAUGUAUAGCGGAAAGGUGUGUCACUGAGGAUUAUUUGCAUAUUUGCAAUGAGAGCUGUGAUGUACAUUGUGCCAUUAAAACUGGUCCAGCUGGUUCUCUUUGGGUUUGUUAUACUUGUCACAGAAAGAUUUGUAAUGCAAAAAUGCCAGAACAGAGUGUUGUGAAUAAUCUUUCAUUGGAUCCAGUCCCUCAUGAAUUGCAAACAUUAAAUUCAUUGGAAUGUCAUUUGAUUGCUAUGCAUAUACCAUUCAUGAAGAUUGUGCCACUGCCAAAAGGAUCACAGAGCUCUGUCGUAGGCCCAAUAACCUGUGUGCCAUCAAAUGUAGCUGAUGCAGCUGAGCUAUUACCAAGAUCAGAAAAUGCUGAUCUCAUGAUCCGUGUGAAAUUGAAAAGAAAGUUGACAUACAAGGGGCAUUAUAAGUAUGAAUUUGUCCACCCAGAGAAAAUUCAAAAUGCACUGAUGUACCUCAAAAACCAUAACAAAUUCUACAGUGAUGUUAAAUUCAACAAUGAUUGGAUUAAUCCACUGAGCAACACUGCAGAAGCAGAUGAGUGUGAUGACCAAAGUGAACAAGCUGGUAAUGAGGAACACACUGAGCAUACCAAUGAGGAUGAGAACAUUGAUGAAACUCUUCUUGACCGACAACAGCAUGGCAUGUUUAUGGAUACUUGUUUACAACCUGUUGAUGUAGCACAAGAGGUUCUGGAUCAGCAUUUUGAUGGAAUCAUGUCUGUAGCACCUGCAGAAGGAAAUAGUCCAGUCAGGCUAUUAACUGAUGAGUCAAACGAGGCCAAAUGCUUCCCAGUUCUGUUCCCUAAAGGCACAGGUACUUUUCAUGAGACAAGACCAGAAAGGCUGACAUUAUGUCAAUAUUUAAACUCAAGAAUACUCAAUGCAGAUGGAAGAUUUGCUAAAAACUUGGACUUUAUCUUUUAUGGCCAGUAUUUGUCAGACCUAAAUCAGGUUGUAUCAAAUGUAUCAAUCGCAUUGAGAAAAGGACAUUCCACACAGAAAUCAGAAGUUACUUCAGAAAUGUUGACAAACCAUGAAUCCUUACGACGCAUUUUACAUUUUGAUGAAGGCUAUAAAUUCUUAAAACCUAUCAGAGGUACUCCAGUGUUCUGGCAAAGCGUGCAGAAAGAUUUGUUUGCAAUGGUCAGACAACUAGGAAUUCCAACCUGGUUUGCUUCGUUUUCCUCUGCUGACCUCCGGUGGCCAGAACUCAUGCAAACAAUCCUGAAACAAGAAGGAAAACAUGUAUCAGCUGAUGAGCUUGAUUGGUCAGAGAGAUGUCACCUGCUGAAAAGUAACCCUGUGACUGCUGCUAGAAUGUUUGACCAUCGAUUUCACUGUUUCCUUAAAGAUGUCAUCAUGUCUGAAGCCAAACCAAUUGGAGAGAUCACUGAUUUUUUCAUGAGAGUUGAGUUCCAGAAUCGUGGUUCACCUCACACUCAUUGUCUUUUCUGGGUAAAAGAUGCUCCACAGAUAGACAGAGAUGAUGAUGUGCGUGUUUGUCAGUUUAUUAAUCAGUAUGUCACAUGUGAAUUGCCUUCAGAUGAGGACAGAGAAAUGCAUGACAUAGUGUCACAAGUUCAGAUGCACAGCAAGAGACACUCAAAAACAUGCAAAAAAAAGGGAACGACAUGCAGAUUUAACUUUCCACGUCCUCCAAGUAACAGAACAUUUAUUACACGAUGUAAGACUGAAGAACAUAAAAAUGAAAAUAAUGAUGAAAAUGAAAAAGCUAGCAAAUCCACAAAGACGAUGGAAGUAGAAUUAGCAAGUACAAUAUUAAAAGGAGUCAGAAAUGCUUUAUUAAAUACUGAGGCCACAUUUGACUCUGUUGACUCUUUAUUUGCUUCCCUUGAUAUAAAUCAAGAAAUCUUUGAAGCAGCAUAUCAAACAAUGACCAAGAAAACCAGUGUUGUGUUGAAGAGGAAACCAUGUGAUGUUUGGGUGAAUCAGUAUAACACACAUCUUCUGAAAGCAUGGAAUGCAAAUAUGGACAUACAGUUUGUAGUCGAUGCAUAUUCCUGUAUUGUUUAUAUCAUCUCAUACAUAUCAAAAGCAGAGAGAGAAAUGGGGCUGUUGUUGUCACAUGCACAAAAAGAAGCGUCAGAGCAAGGCAAUCUUGAUGCUAAACAAGCUAUGCGCAAACUUGGCAGUGUUUUCUUGCAUAAUCGUGAAGUUUCAGCUCAAGAAAGUGUGUAUCGUCUUACGAAUAUGAAAUUAAAACAGGCAUCUCGCAAAGUGCAAUUUGUUCCAACUGGUGACACAAUCAGAAUGAGUCUUCCACUAAAUGUCAUACAGAGGAAAGCUCAGUGCGGCGAUGAUGACGGUGACAAUAUUUGGAUGUAUAGCAUUUCUGACAGAUAUAAGAACAGACCUAAAAGCAAGGAAUUUGAAGAAAUGUGUUUGGCAAGGUUUGCAUCAGAAUAUAGAAUAUUGUCUAAAUCGGAACAUUCAUCCAGUGACAGCAUCAAACUUUUGAAAGGAUCAGGAUUUGCCAAGAAAAGGUCACGAACAGAAGCUGCUGUGAUUCGAUAUGCCCGUUUCUCACCAACAAAAAAUCCAGAGAAAUAUCAUGAAAGCAUUUUAGAGUUGUUUUUGCCUCACUACCUCAAAUCACAACUAAAACCAUCCACUUUCCAGACAUAUCAAGAGUUUUAUGAAACUGGGUCUGUGAAAUAUUCUGAUAAUGAACUUGUCUCAGUGAAAGUCACAGUAGACACAAAUAUGGCCAUGUUUGAAAAAGAGAGUGACUCCAUAGACAAAGCUCAGGAAGACCUAGAUGCACAUGGUCCAAUGGAAGAUGCAUGGGCACAACUUUGUCCAGAGACUGAGCGUGAACGUUUAGAAUGCAUUGAGCAGAAACAGAAGGAAACUCCAGAAAUAACUGAAAACAAUGACAUUAUACCUGACCUUUUUCCCAAGGAAAUCUAUUCAUUACAGGAUAAUUCUCAUAACAUGCCAAAGGAAGAAGCCAUGGCUCUACUACGUUCAAUGAAUGAGACACAGUCCCAGAUAUUUUAUAAAAUCCGACACUGGUGUUUACAAAAGGCACGUGGUGACACUCCAGAACCCUUUCAUGUGUUUAUAUCAGGCCCUGGAGGUGUAGGGAAAUCUAUGCUGAUUAAAGCAAUACAUUAUGAAGCACAUCGUAUCCUAUCUCGCUUAUCAAAUAAUCCUGAUGACACACGUGUGUUACUGACAGCUCCAACUGGUGUAAGUGCUUAUAACAUUAAUGCUGCAACAAUACAUACUUCUUUAGCUAUUGGUACAGAUGUAAAGCUACCAUAUCAACCACUGGGAGAUGAGAAAAUUAAUUCUCUGAGAACAAAGUUGGGAAACCUGGAUAUAUUAAUUAUUGAUGAAAUUUCAAUGGUUGAUCACAAACUCCUUGCAUAUGUUCAUGGCAGACUGAGGCAGAUCAAACAAACUGGAGAUUAUUCACCUUUUGGAAAGGUUUCUAUCAUCGCAGUUGGAGACUUUUAUCAGCUCAAUCCAGUUAAGGGUAAAGCUUUAUAUGCUGAUCAUGUGGGAAUGAAUCUGUGGCAAGACCAUUUUGCUUUGGCUGAGUUGAGUCAGAUAAUGAGACAGAAAGAUGUGGAAUUCGCACAGUUGCUCAAUCGAUUAAGGAAACGACAGAAGUCUCAUCCAUUGCUGGAAAAAGAUAUAAGUAUGCUGAAACAGUGUGAAACUGGUGAAGAACACAUGACUUCCAAUUUGCAUAUUUAUGCCACAAAUAAUGAAGUUGAUGACCACAAUAGAGAAAUGCUUCACAAGACAUGCAAAGAUACUAUAGUUAUUCGAGCACAAGAUUAUGAGAGAGACCCGAAAACUGGACACUUUCAAAAAGUAAAGGGCCACCACAGCAAUGUUUGCAAGACAUGUCUUUCACGAUCACUUCACAUUGCGGUUAAUGCAAGAGUCAUGCUCCUUAAAAACAUUGAUGUUUCAGAUGGACUUGUGAAUGGUGCUUUUGGUACAGUUAGUGAUAUACAUUUUAAUCCUGGAGAAGAUUUCCCAUCAAAAGUAUAUGUGACAUUUGACAAUGAAAGAGCUGGUAGAGGCUUACGAGCAAAACGGCCUUCCUUAAAACCAGGACUGGAAAAGGCUACACCAAUUGAACCAGAAGAAGAGAGAGUCACAAGAAGUGGUGGCAUACGACGACAGUUUCCCCUGAAAUUAUCUUGGGCUUGCACUAUUCACAAAGUACAAGGUCUAACUGUGGAUAAAGCUGUUGUGUCACUUAAAAAGAUAUUUGCACCUGGACAAGCAUAUGUGGCAUUAAGUCGUGUGACUUCUCUGGAAGGUCUCAUUAUAGAAGAUUUCAAGGAAACAGCUAUUUAUGCAAAACCUGAUAUAGAAAGUUUCAUGCAAACUAUGCCCGCAUUUGUGGAGCCACUUAGAGAAACACAUCUGUCAUCAUUAUCAUGUAAAGUACUUCUGCACAAUGUUCAAGGGUUGUCAUGUCACCUGGAAGACAUAAAACAAGACAAAAGGUAUAUGGAAGCUGAUAUUAUUUGCAUGACAGAAACAUGGAUACAGUCAAGUCAUACUGAAAAUGAUCUACAAAUAAGUGGAUUUUCAUUCUGCAACAGCCCAAGGUCUGUUUCAUAUGACAAAAGUGAGGAACUCUUUGCUAAGUUGCAAGAAAAAGAACAUGGUGGUGUUGGUGUGUAUUACAAAACACAGAUCAACUGUAGUUUUGUUGAUUUACCCUGUAUGAACAUAGAGUGCAUGCAGUUUACUAUUCCCCACCUGAACUCAACAGCUGCAAUUGUGUAUAGACCACCUUCAUACAGUUUAAAAGCAUUUGUUAACAAGCUGUCAAAUGUAAUCAGUGUCAUUGACACGUUUGCAGGAGGAAAAAUUAUUAUGGGUGACUUCAAUGAAAACCUUUUUGUGUCCAAUACAGUGAGUGAAAUGAUGCAGCAUAAUGGCUUCACUCAAAUUGUGAAAGAUGCAACCACUGAAAAUGGCACUUUAAUUGAUCAUAUCUAUAUUAAAGACAUUGCAAUUGAGAGUAUAUGUGUUUCUGUAAUGCCUACUUAUUUCAGCUAUCAUGAAUGUGUUGUCUUAAAUUUCUCGUAUUAAAGGUUAGGUAAUGACUAGUAUAUGGAGAGCAGUCCCAUAA